GGGAUUGGGUCAUUACCAAGAUUUCUCCAUGACGGAUAUUUUGGAGCGCGUGGAAUUAAAACGAGUAGGGGGGAGAGCAAGCGCCGUCAGCUCCGCGGGAAAUUCCAGUUUCCCCAAUUCUCCCCCGCGCCUCUGGGUCAACCAAACUCCACGACGGAAAGGACGGCGCACUCCCAGUCGUCGCUUCCAAUCAGGAAGGGCUAGGGGCUCACCUCAGCCAAUCGGAAGGAGCCAGGCAUGGGAGAGAAAAAAGGAAGCGGGAGGCAGCCUCCUAACACGGCCCAAGUAGCUGCAUCUUCUACGAUUCUAAAGGCAACCGUCUGAAACUCCCAUCUGUGAUUGUUCCCUCCCCAGAGGCGCCGGUAAUAUUUCCAGGAAACAGGACCCCUCAGCUAUCAAAUUCCCCUAGCUCGUGGAGCUGGACAUUAUUCCUCAGAGGGACAGGUUAUAGCAAAUUGAGACAUUUGCUUUCCCCAAACUCUUACAGAUUUAGCGUCAGCACUUAGGGAUUCUUGGAGUCCAACUCUGAGCUUGAACUGCUUUGGAAUAGAUCCAGGUUGUUAGAUGUCUGUGGGGUAUUUUAGCUCAGUUUCUAAAGGCCACAUAGAGGGCCUCUGGUGGAAGGAAUUCCUCAUAGAGGAUACAGUCUUAAAGCAUUUCUCUCUCUCAGUAAAGACUGGUAAAUAGACCUUCAUAAAAGAACCCAAGAAUUUAGUUUUCCAGGACUCAGAGGGGUUCUAGACUUGUCAGAGGUCAUUGAUGGAGAGAAAAACACCUUAACUCAGAGGGUCUCUCAAACUGAUCUGACUUCAGAGGUCCCUAGAUUUAAAAUCUUGUAAAAAGAUGGGUGCUGAGAGACAGAGACAGUUCCUACCCUUUGAGAAAUUUCCAUAGUGAGGUCUCUAAGAAAGGCUUAACAGUGAGAAUUAAAGGGCCUGAGAUGCCAGAGAUACCUGGGCUAAAUGAGCUACUUUAUUAAGAUGCUUAGUGUUGCCUCAGUGUCCAAUAUAAUGGAAUGACUGAGAAUGCAGGAUCUGGAGUCUGCACUGUAAUUCGGGCCACUUAAUAGUGAUCUUAGGCAAGUUACUUAUCUCUGCACCUCAGUUUCCUCAUCUGUAAUAUGGUGAUAACGAUAGUACCUAUCUAAUUGUGUUGUUGUGAGAAUUAAAUGGGUUAAUAUAUGAAAAGUGCUUAAACUAAGUACUUGGCAUAAAGUGAGAGUUGGAUAUAAGCCAUCAUUACUAACCACCUGGGGAAACUUCAACUGGAUUUGGCGUCUGGGCAUCCAACUGGAAAGGCCUGCUUGUCAAUAUAAUUUGCAUAACGGUUGAGGUCCUGCUGACGUCAAGGUCUCCUUGCAGCUCCAGGUCAGAUCUAGUCCUGGAAGUAGUUCCUGUCACACAACAGUCCCACAAUCGCCCCACCAACCUUGCUUCCUACCCAACUCCCGAAGCACCAGGAAGUGAAACAAAGCCCCGUGCCUCCAACUCACCCUUGUCCCUCUCAUCCCAUCCCCCAGCGUUCCACUUCCUCCUCCUCCUUUUCACCUUCCAUCUCCUAUCCUAAAGGGCUCCCAGAAUGGGAACCAGAGGUGGGAAAAGCAUGGGAGACAUUAUACAAAAGUGAGGGUGGAUUUACCGCAGAGUCAUAUUUGAAUCAGAAGUUUCACUGGGCAGUUUUGAAUAGUCCUAUGGGAAAGGAGACCUCUAUCGAGGGUAAGUUUCUCAGAGAAAAAGGAUCAACCUCUUGGAAAGGCUUUGGGAGCCAUCUGUGUGGUCAUCCAUGGCCUCAUUCUGACGUCCAGAUUGUCCUGGGACCCUCCACUGGGGUUGGGGCAGUCCCAGAUUUGGACCACCCUCCACUCCCACGCCCAACUUCACAGUCUCAGCUGUUUCACUGAAUGUUGCAUCAGGGAUGGUGAUGAAAUCAGUGUCAGCGGAUUUUACCCAUGGAUGCAACAGGCUGAAGGACCAGCCAGGGUCAUUGACACUGUGCAUCUUCAACUACCCAGAACCCUGGACUUUCUAGCCACGGUGAAGGGCUGGGUGCUGGAAUAUCUCAGUUGGAUUUCUAGCCCUUGCUUACACUGGUGUCCCCCACCCCCAAAUCACCUGAAUCCCACAGAGCCCAGGAAACUUGGGCCACUAAGGUUGAGGAAUCAGAUGGUUCUUAGCAACAGCUCUCUCCUUCCAACAGCCCUCCUAGCCUCCAGAGUGAGGCCUGAAGUGAGGGAGCAAUAAUACCUUAUACUGAACUUAUGUAGUUUCCCAGUUCACAAAGUGCCUUCAUGUCCAUUGUCUCCCAGUGAAAAUAACACCGUUCCCAACAGAGACUAAGAAGCCCCCUUAUUCUUAGAUUGAGGGCAUCAGGUGGGAACCAAACUUCAUUCCAAACUGAGCUUGCCAUCCUAUUGGGAGAUAAAUGAAUGCUUCUGUUUUGAUUUUUACUCAGGCAGGAGGGGGUGAGGAGAUUAGGUUUGAAGGGUGGGAAGAUAUAGCUUAGAGAGGCAAAAAGAUGAGGGAAAGGUUAAGCAGGAAGGAACUUGAGACUAGAUUCAUUUAAAUAUUCGUUACUCCCACCCCCACCCCCUUCUACAGCCACUUUGAUUCCUGGAGAGCAUUACACAUAAGUCCCAUCCCAGGCCUCCAGCCACAGCAACCACACGACUCAUUUCCCCUGGAACUGAGGCUACUUACCUGGGCUCCCCACGGAGGGAGAUGAUGCAGGGAGGGGAAUCCCACCUGCUGUGAGUCACCUGCUAGUAUAAAGGGCGGGUCUUACAAUGCAGGGACCUUAAAAAGAGACUCAGAGACAAGGGGAGAAAAUCUACAGGAAGCAGCUCAGAGACUCGGUGAACGACAGAGGGAACCAAACCAGAGACGCACAGAACAGAGAGAAUCAGGCUCAGAGCAAGGGGAAGUGGACAAGAGAUUCCACAGGGACUGCAAGGCACAGAGCCAGCCGGAUCUGAGAAGCAGGCAACGAGAUGCUGGGGAGCAGAGCUGUGCUGCUGCUGCUGCUGCUGCCCUGGAUUGCUCAGGGCCAGGCUGUGCCUGAGGGCAGCAGCCCUGCUUGGGCUCGGGGCCAGCAGCUCUCACAGCAACUCUGCAUGCUGGCCUGGAGUGCACAUCAACCAAUGGGACAUGUGGAUCUACCAAGAGAAGAAGGAGGUGAUGAGACUACAAAUCAUGUCCCCCAUAUCCAGUGUGGGGAUGGCUGUGAUCCACAAGGACUCAGGGACAACAGUCAGUCCUGCUUGCAAAGGAUCCACCAAGGCCUGGUUUUUUAUGAGAAGCUGCUGGGCUCAGAUAUUUUCACAGGGGAGCCUUCUCUACUCCCCGAUGGCCCUGUGGGCCAGCUUCAUGACUCCCUACUGGGCCUCAGGGAACUCUUGCAGCCCGAGGGUCACCACUGGGAGACUGAGCAGACUCCAAGCCCCAGUCCCAGCCAGCCGUGGCAGCGCCUCCUUCUCCGUCUCAAGAUCCUUCGCAGCCUCCAGGCCUUUGUGGCUGUAGCUGCCAGGGUCUUUGCCCAUGGAGCAGCAACUCUGAGCCCCUAAGCCAGCAGCUUAAGGACGGCACCCAGACCUCCACGGCUCAGCAAUGCUAAGAUGAAUUUAUCAGCCUAGACACCUGUGAGCCAACAAGUUAAUCAGUCCAUUAAUUUUAACAGGACUUGCUCUGUUGAAAAAUUACCAAUACUGACUGACUUAUGAUGCUGACCUAGAACAGGCUGAAUAUUUAUUACAUGGGAAGGGAAAUUUUGGGAUUAUUUAUCAUCGUGGCAGCAGUUUGGGGAGGAGGAUUAUUUAUUAUAUUUAUACUGAAUUAUGCACUUUUUUCAAUAAAGACUUAUUUAUGUGGA